AUGUCUCGUCGACAUCACAGAAAGUCCAAAACCGGAUGUCUCGAAUGCAAACGGCGGCAUAUCAGGUGUGACGAAACUCAUCCAACAUGCAUCAACUGUGGCACAGCGGAGAUCCGGUGUUCCUUUCUCGAUCGCGAAACUCCUUUCUCUCUUAGGAAUGGUCCCGCUCAUCCGGCAGCCUCGAGGAGCCCUAUCUCAACCACAGUCUUAACACCAGUCCCCGGGCGCGGGCCCGAAGAUGCUACCAGCACACAAGCACCACCCGACCCUUACAACCUCAACUUGACCCAUCUCCAGCUUUUCAACAAUCUUUCCAGCGACGGGUUUCUGUCUUUGGAGGAGUCAGGGGAGGCGGCUCUACCAGCGAGCAUGUACAUCAAACACGCUCUCACGUCACCCUAUUUGAUGCACCAAGUACUUGCAGCCUCAGCCUUACACUUGAGCACCCUGCAAGUCGAGUCACGUAACUUUUAUCGUGAAUACGCAACCGGCCUGCAAAACCGCGCCCUAGCACUCUUCAAGGAAAGUCACCCGGUCCUGGAAGCGACUCAGUCCAACUGCAUUCACUUGUUCCUAUUCUCGUCCUUGGUCGGGGUCCACGUACUGUGCGACACACUCCGGUAUGAGAGAGAUAGCCUCGAAUGGUUUGUCGACAAAUACACCCAUUGUCUCAACAUUCACCGUGGUGUUUUGGCCAUAGUCGACCAAUGUUGGCAUCUACUGGGCGAGACCGAAUUGGCAGCUCAUCUAAAAUUCUCGCAAGAGCUGAUGCAGCCACAAGGUGCAACCGGAUCGGAAUGUGACAUCCUUCAAGACUUGAUCGAUGCUGCACAUUUGACCCCGGCCUCUCUAAAGGCAUAUCGAGAGUCAAUCAUGCACCUCCAACGUGUUUUCGACGCCCAGCGUGCGUUUCCAGGAAACCAAACUCGACUGUCUAUUGUCUUCUCAUGGCCGGUGCUUGUCUCCCCCGACUACAUAGAUCUGCUGCGCCACGGGCACGCAGAAGCCCUGGUCAUUCUCGCCCACUACGGUGUGAUCUUGCAUCGUGGUCGAGACAAGUGGCUGAUUGGCGACGGUGGUCAAUUCCUGAUUGAUACGAUUGGUCAAAGACUGGGCCCUGAUUGGCAAGAAUGGUUGAGAUUUCCAAAGACCACUCUUCAGGAAGGUUUGAUUGCCUCCAUUUGA